AUGUCAAUACUCAAGUCAUACACACUAUCAAAACUCUCUUACCACAUGUACCUUGACAAAUUCACAGAAUCAGAUAUCAAAUCACUCAACAAAAUAAUCACUUGGUUCCUAUGGUCAUCCAAUCUCAGACCUUUCGAAGAUGCAAAAUCAUUUAAGAAUACAAUGACACUCUCCAGAGCAGUACAUCAUUGGAAAAAUGGUGGCAUUUCAUUGUGGGAUAUGAAACUACGAAAUGACGCUCAACACAUUUGGAUACUAAAUAGAGUAAUUGCAAAUCAAGAUGUCUAUUCCCCAUACUACCAAAGCUGGCGUAACCAGAUCAGACAUAACAAGAUAACCUCACCUACACUCAAACAUUCCAUCCUUCUUUGGCAACAAUUCAGACCAAUCAUGAAAUUACCUCCACAUCAAAUGAAACCAAUAUUGAGUAAUGACGAACCACUACCACUUAAACUCAUAUACCACAACCUUAUCAACCAUCACCACAAACCAGUACUUACAUCAGGUCAAUUCCAACUAUCUCUUCCCCCCACCAAAAUAGACUUUACAUCAACCCGAAACAUCUUCUACUACAUUAACUCCAUCAAACACCACAGAGGUAGAAACACAGUAUUCAGAUUCUUCUCAAGAUCACUUCCUGGUAUGGCAUACAUCAAACAAGACAGUUGUAAACUAUGUUCAGCAAAUGACUUUGACCCACACACACAUUAUUUCUUUAAUUGUCGAGUCAUCCUAAACAAAUUCAACCUCAAACACAUCACACAACAUCUACAAAUUGCCAACUACGAAGACGAAUGGUCACUGGAAAAAUCUACUACUCACUUCUACCUCUGCGAUGAAUCAUCAGACCUAACAGCGAUCAUCUACCACAACAUUUGGAAACAUGUCAGUUCAAUUCUAUUCAGUCAAGAUGACAAAAUACUCGAUUUCUCCAACCAAUCUAUUAUAUCCGACUUCGAUAUCCACAGAAACAUUCUAAAAUUAAUAAACAACACUCCAACACCAGCCAACUAA